CGGGGGUGCCCGGCUCCCGGCCAGCGGCGUGGAGCGAGUUCGACGCUUUCCUCAGUCCUGGCAGGAUGCUGCCUUCCUCCCGGACCCAGCUGGGGCUCUUCUUCAUCCUCCUCUGCCCCGCUAACAUCAUCGGGCUCUGGUGGGCAGUGGGGAGCCCCCUGGUCAUGGACCCCAACAGCAUCUGCCGCAAGACGAAGCGGCUGGCGGGGAAGCAGGCAGAGCUGUGCCAGCUGGAGCCAGAGAUCGUGCAGGAGGUGGCCAAGGGCACCAAGCUGGGCGUCCGGGAGUGCCAGUACCAAUUCCGCUUCCGCCGCUGGAACUGCACCAGCCACAGCAAGUACUUCGGCAAGAUCCUGCAGCAGGAUAUCCGUGAGACAGCCUUCGUGUACGCCAUCACGGCGGCGGGAGUGAGCCACGCCAUCACGCAGGCCUGCAGCAUGGGCGAGCUGCUGCAGUGUGGCUGCGAGCUGACGCGGAGCCGGGCGCCCCCCUCGCCCACGGCGGGGCCGGGCACAGAGGGCACCGCCUGGGAGUGGGGUGGCUGCGGGGAUGAUGUGCAGUUUGGCUACGAGAAAUCCCAGCAGUUCAUGGAUGCCAAGAACAAGAAAGGCAAAAAUGACAUCCGAGCUCUUAUCGACCUGCACAACAACGAAGCCGGGCGCUUGGCGGUGCGCAGCUACAUGAGGACAGAGUGCAAAUGCCACGGGCUCUCGGGCUCCUGCACGCUGCGGACCUGCUGGAGGAAGAUGCCCCAUUUCCGCGAGGUGGGCGACCGCCUGCUCGAGCGCUUCAACGGGGCCUUCAAGGUGAUGGGAGGCAACGACGGCAAAACCCUCAUCCCUGUGGGCGACAACAUCAAGCCUCCCGAUAAACAGGACCUCAUCUACUCGGCCGACUCGCCUGAUUUCUGCUCGGCUAACCGUAAGACGGGCUCGCUGGGCACCAGGGGCCGCGUCUGCAACAGCACGGCCAUGGACACGAGCGGCUGCGACCUGCUGUGCUGCGGGAGAGGGCACCGGGACGAGACGGUGGUGCUGGAGGAGAACUGCCUCUGCCGCUUCCACUGGUGCUGCGUGGUGCAGUGCCGCAAGUGCUCUGUCCGCCAGGAGCUCAGCCUCUGCAUCUGACAGCCUGGGGUCAGGCGAGGACAAUUUGGGAGGCCACCUCCAGGCUCACAGGGCCCCCCCGGGACAGAGACAGGUGGAGCCGGGGGCAGGGUCAGCGUGGGUGAGCUCAGCUCUGCGCUCUGAGGAGUCCUGGCUUCCCCAGAGGGCAGCACGGGGCUGCCUGGCACCCCCAUGGUCCCCGUGGCACAGAGCUUCCAUAAUAAAGCUAUUUAAAGCCGUA